AUGUCGCUCUUUCCGUCUGGCGCUGGCCCGACCCUUGCCUUGCCCGAGUUCAAGUCCAUCGCGAUAAAAGGCCCCUAUCACGCGUCGGCACCGAUCUAUCUCGCGCUCUCUGUUGCUGAAAAAUACCCCGAUACGCGGAUUGUCAUGAUCACGCCCUCGCGCGACGCGCUUUCUGCAGCGCUACAAGAGCAUAAGGACAGCUGGAUGAUAGAGAACGCGGGGAACGGGAGUGUACUUGAGUUUGCGGACUGCACGGUCGUAUAUUAUCCCCCUACGCCAGCCCAUUUUUCGUACCUGGUGUCUUCACUGUCGACAAACGUCGAAGGGUCGGAUCCCAAGGCGAUAUUAUACCGCCCACCUUCUCUAAUGGUCUUGAUCGAGCUGUCUGCGUAUUUCAUGCUGGAUGUCGAGGCUGAUCCUGACCACCACCAAUGGACGCUUUCGUCCUACCUGACGCUGGUGGCACGCUCACUAGCUGCAGUCGCGGUUCUUUCCUCAUCUGCCGAUGUUAGAAAACAUCCAAGCGAGCUAUCGCUGGCACUCUUCGACUCGAACCUCGACAACCUCCGACUCCCCGUGCUCAAACAGCCCUUGGCGGACUUGGGCAGAUCGCCAUCGACAGUCCGCAAGGAAGUCGUGGCGCGGUAUGUGCAAAAAUACUUCGAGCUCUUUGCCGUUGUCGAAGAAGACGACGAUGUAAAUCUUACCCCUUCUCAGGAGGCGGACGCGGAGAUCCAGGAAGCUGGGCGACAGAGAUGGAAUCGGAUGCGGAUUUAUGGGCAGGGAGACGUGCUUCUCAGUUGCUUAAAGUGGCUAGAAGCGCGAGAUCCACAGACGGAUGGCGUUGUUUUCAGUUGGAACUGA